UUAUAACGGGACAUUAAAACUUUCUGGCUCCAAUUGGGUAAAGAAGGAUUGAGCUGUUGUUUUUCCUCUAACUAGUAUCAACAUUUUGGGUAACUAUGUUGAUGGAUAUAUCUGUGUAGAGAUAUUGUUAUUAAACAAGAAAAUUAUUGGCCCUACUACUUACUACCUUAGUAGGUGAACAACAAAAAAUCAACCCAAAUGGUGUGAAGGUUCCUAAAAAGGAACUAUAAAUAUAUGGAUUUACUCUACUCUUUUUGGAACUCUCCAUUUUGUGCUUUGUGUCGUGUAAACUCUCUCUCUCUCUCUCUCUCUCCCUCCCUCCCUCCCUCCCCCUUGUGGUUGUGAUUUGGGCUUCUUCACUUGAUUGUUAUAAAUUCCAACCCAAACCCACAAGAGAAAACCUCUCAUGCAAAGUAUUUUGAGCUAAUAAUGGAGCUGAUAAUAGUCAUCACCACACUAUGCAUUUGUCUCUCGGUUUUGCUGACACCCUGUGCCUCUCAACAAAUUCAAGUGCAAUCAUCCCAUGACCAAGCUAAAGAUGUCAAGUUUUCUCUUCUUACACUGCCAAGGAAGCUCAGAGUCAUUGAGGAGGCAGCAACUGUACAUGCAACGGUUAAUGAAGAUAAGGAGUUACUGUCAUACAGUAAGCAGAGGGCAUCUUUAUCAGGAAAACAACACAAUAAAGAAGCAGACAUGAAGUUUGGAAGAAGAGGAACAUGGCAAGAAUGGGUUGAGGAAGGGACCGACCGCACCCAAUUCUUUACAAUGGAUUAUUCCCACGUCAGAAGACGACGUCCCAUACAUAACAAGUCCUCCGUCCCGGUUGGUCCAUGAAACAUGGGGAGGGCUUAUUUGCCAAAUUUCACUCCAAAUUAGAGAAACUAAAAAAUACUUUUUGAAUACAAAAUUGUGGAUGUGGUGACUUAUUAAUGUAUUUUGUAAAUUAGGGAAAUGAGGAACCGUGUCGUGUCCGGGAUCGGUUGUGGCCGACAUUUUGAAACAAAACCCUAAGCUUUUAUGCAAACCAUGGCCCUACUUGUGCUUAAUUUUGAGGUUUUCUAUGUUUUGUUUUGUGAACAUUUUUUUAAUUUUUAUUUUGGAUUUUUGUACUUUUCAAUGUAGUCAAAUAUGGGUUUAAAGCCCCAAUAUUUCGUAAUAUGUAGUCACAAAUUACAAACUAAAAUUUGUGUUAUAGUUUAAUGUAUAAGAAAAUGGUAUUAU